CCCCGACCUUGGUUGGUAGAUGACUUCGCGCGAUGGUUGGAUCGGAUCAGGAUGCCUGAAAACCGACCAAAGUGUGUAAUCAUCUUCUGUGAUAAUAGCGGCGCUGACCUCAUCCUAGGAGUCCUACCAUUCGUAGUGGAAUGUCUGAGUUGGGGCAGUAAGGUCAUUCUUACAGCCAAUUCCGUUCCUGCAAUCAACGAUGUGACCUAUCGUGAGCUUCUCUUCCUGUUGAAUGAGGUGGCUGGACUUGAACCAAGGUUGAGAAAAGCAUUGGACAGUGGAAUACUGAUGUGUGUGGACAAUGGACAAAGCUCGCCGUGUCUGGAUCUUCGACAGACUUCGCAUCGUCUUGUUCAACUUGCCAAACAGGAGAAGGUUGAUCUGAUCGUGAUUGAAGGUAUGGGUCGGGCUGUUCAUACCAAUCUCUACGCUCGUUUCUGCGUCGAUUGCCUCAAGAUC